AAAUGAGGCACCCAGUCUCCGAACUCGGUCUUGGGUUGUGGUUCCGGUUGCCAGCAUUUGUGAACAUGACAACUGACAGUGGGUAUUGAGGUUUAGGACCAUCUCCGUAUUCGUCCUUACUUUGCACCCUCACCAUAUUAUACCAAAACCACGGAUAUCACUCUAGAUAAUUCAAAAGGAUUUUGGGAAUUCCUAAAUACAUAAAGAAAAAAGAAAGAAAAAGAAAAGGAAAAGAAAGGGCCAUAGGGAGAAGGAAGCGGGGGAGACUUAAGUCGUGUUCAUCAUCGGCAAAUUGGAACGUCAAGAGACAAAAGCCCGUGUGGCUGUGGUUGUGGAAGUUCAAAGAGACGAAGACACUGGCAUAAUGACUGCUACGCUGAAUGGGAUGUAUAACACGGCCCCAGAUACACCGUCGCCUGUCUAUCCGGAUAGGCUGAUUCGUCCCCUUCCCAAACGUACUCUUCGCUCUCGGCUGUCCUCCGAGACGGCCGAGUCCAUCCUCUACCCCCCGGCUCCCCCAGCCACCCAACUGUUCUACGGAUCUUGUACGGAUAACGGAGAGGCUGUGAAUGAAUCUAAAGUGUAUGUGCAGCAGAGUGACGACCAUGACCAGACACCGGAGCCCGACCACCACCAUCCUUAUGAGAACGGUUUCGACGCAGAGAGCGGUGACGAAGAUGGCCCCGUGGUUGUGCGCCGCAGUGCCGGUUUUCGUGAAUCAUCCUCGUCCCCAACAAUGCCACCAGGGCACUCGAGCAACGGAUCACGCACUCAAAUCAAGUCAUCCUCGGCAGGUCCCGAUGGGUACGAUGCCUUUGAGAACACUAACAAUAAGAAGAAACGCAAGAUCCCCACACCGGGGAAUUUGGCUGGCCAUCUCUCCGCGCUCUCUCCCGAGUUCUCCAGUAUGGGUCUAGCGAGCUCUGCACCUUCCACUGUGCCGGUGGACGGAAUCAGUUGGCCACAAGGGCGAUCAUCAGGUCGCCGGGACGGGGUUUUGUCCUUACCAGGUGAACCCCCUGCAACAUCCGAUCAAGGCAUCAUCUCCGCUGCCAUAGCCAAUGCUGCAGCGUCAUUCUCAUCACCCCCACGAGGAUCGAGCAAUGUUAGCAUGUUGGAGCAGCAGACCACCACCCCAACCAAGACCCAAUUCACCUUCACAUGCGAGUCCGACUCGUCAAAGGGUAUGGCACUACAGCCGCAGAGCCCGUACCGCACACAUCGUUCACCAAAUUCCCUACCCCGCCCUGCACAGAAUCAGAGGGGGUCUUCUACACAAGGAACACAAACAAGCCCCAACAUCACCUCCCAGAUGGACCAGCAAGGGAAAUCCCAGCAACGAGCUCCAGGGACAGAACCUGCAACUGCGGGUAAAAAGAAGAAGCGGUCACCUGGAAGUAUCUAUGCCUUGGCUGCACGCCAACGUAAGAUCCAGCAGCAGUACUCUAAUCUUCAUCAUCCACCGAGCAUGGAAGACCUUUGGAUAUGUGAGUUCUGCGAAUAUGAGAGUAUCUUUGGCCGUCCCCCGGAGGCUCUUAUUCGGCAGUAUGAGAUCAAAGAUCGUAAGGAGCGGAAGCGAUUGGCAGAGAAGAAGAGACUAUUGGAGAAAGCGAAGAUGAAAGGUCGAAAGGGCAAGAAGGCGACGAAGAACGCAAUGAAGAAUGCGGCGACUCAGCAGGUACAUUUUGAUCAAGGAUGCGACCGAGCGUCUGCCGAUCAUUCUUCCAUGGGUGGGCCAGGGCUGCAUGAUGAUGAUGACUAUUUAGCGAAUGAAUAUGACGAUGAGCCGGGUUCUGCACCACCCCCAGUGCCACCUGCACCUCCGGCGUGCUUCAAGACUCCGCUGCCGCCAGGGAAUCAGGCCACUGCCGCAGCCGGCGCUAAAGCUGCGAUAGACGACGGGACGAGUCGACCGCCCUGA